AUGGUCACUACAGCCUUGGUGACACACACCAAGACUGGUCACUACAGCCUUGGUGACCACACCAAGACUGGUCACUACAGUCUUGGUGACCACACCAAGACUGGUCACUACAGUCUUGGUGACCACACCAAGACUGGUCACUACAGCCUUGGUGACCACACCAAGACUGGUCACUACAGUCUUGGUGACCACACCAAGACUGGUCACUACAGUCUUGGUGACCACACCAAGACUGGUCACUACAGUCUUGGUGACCACACCAAGACUGGUCACUACAGUCUUGGUGACCACACCAAGACUGGUCACUACAGCCUUGGUGACCACACCAAGACUGGUCACUACAGCCUUGGUGACCACACCAAGACUGGUCACUACAGUCUUGGUGACCACACCAAGACUGGUCACUACAGUCUUGGUGACCACACCAAGACUGGUCACUACAGCCUUGGUGACCACACCAAGACUGGUCACUACAGCCUUGGUGACCACACCAAGACUGGUCACUACAGCCUUGGUGACCCCACCAAGACUGGUCACUACAGCCUUGGUGACCACACCAAGACUGGUCACUACAGUCUUGGUGACCACACCAAGACUGGUCACUACAGCCUUGGUGACCACACCAAGACUGGUCACUACAGCCUUGGUGACCACACCAAGACUGGUCACUACAGCCUUGGUGACCACACCAAGACUGGUCACUACAGCCUUGGUGACCACACCAAGACUGGUCACUACAGCCUUGGUGACCACACCAAGACUGGUCACUACAGCCUUGGUGACCACACCAAGACUGGUCACUACAGCCUUGGUGACCACACCAAGACUGGUCACUACAUCCUUGGUGACCCCACCAAGACUGGUCACUACAGCCUUGGUGACCACACCAAGACUGGUCACUACAGUCUUGGUGACCACACCAAGACUGGUCACUACAGUCUUGGUGACCACACCAAGACUGGUCACUACAGUCUUGGUGACCACACCAAGACUGGUCACUACAGCCUUGGUGACCACACCAAGACUGGUCACUACAGUCUUGGUGACCACACCAAGACUGGUCACUACAGUCUUGGUGACCACACCAAGACUGGUCACUACAGUCUUGGUGACCACACCAAGACUGGUCACUACAGCCUUGGUGACCACUACUCCUGCUUCACCCUUCUACACCUCUCUACUUAA